AUGUAUGAAGAAAUAGAUUUAACACUAAAGAAAAAAGAAAACAAUGAAUGGAACUUUACAUGUGAACAAUGUAAAAAUAAAUUAUUAUAUGAUUUAAGACGAUUACAAUUCUUUAAAGAUGUAAUUAUUUACCAUUUAUACACAAACAUAAACAAAAAAUUUAAUCGUGAUGGACUCAAUGAUGAAUCUUAUGAUGAACCAGUUGCAACAAUUUUGACUGAUGAUUCUAGUAAUUCAGCUGAUUUAACAUCUCUAAUAAUGCAAAAAUAUAUGUUACAAAUAGUUAAAAGUCUUUAUUUGCUUGAAAAUAUUCGUAAUGCAUCAUAUAUACAACCAUGGUUGAAUCUAUUUGUAGCUAAUCCUGAAUUAUGUGAACAAAUACCUAACACUUUCAUAAAUAUGUUGAAGCAAAUAAGAAAUCGUGAAGUACAAGAAGUAGGUGAAGUAAGCAGCCGAUUCGAGUAUUUUCACCGGCGAUUCGUCUGUGAUGCGUUCCAGAGGGUUCCAGAAGAGUUCCAAAUGCAACUCGACGAGCUCUAUCCAUCAGUGAAAUCAGAUUUCUGAUAGCUCUUACUGAACCCGAAAAAGUCCAAAAUACUAUGAUUUUCAGGUGUAUUUUCAUCGGCCGAUUCGAGUAUUUCCACCGGCGAUUAGCCUGUGAUGCGUUCC